CUAGCAGCACACUAGCGUGGCGGGCGCGCUCCAGGCAGCUCGCCUCAUAUUCAAUUGACCUUAUUUACUCAAUCUGAUCUUGAACGAGGUCGAUAAACCUUUAGCUUCACAGUGCCAGUGUCUCCGCCGCAAGCGCAAGCCCACACCGCUUAUUUGUUUUUAUGGAAUACUCGUAAACACUUGUGAAAAUGGUCGAAGUCAAGAUAACGGAGGACGUUAAAAUAGGAGGCAACAACCCGUGUUUUAUAAUUGCGGAAGUCGGACAGAACCACCAAGGUGACAUUGAAAUAGCAAAAAAGUUAAUAAAAGCCGCUAAAGAAGCGGGUGCCAGUUGCGUCAAAUUCCAAAAGACAUGUCUCAAAGAGAAGUUCACAAAGAAAUAUUUGGAGCGGUCCUACGACAAUCCUAACUCCUGGGGCAAGACUUAUGGAGACCACAAGAGACAUUUGGAGUUCUCAGACAGCCAGUACAGGGAGCUCUUCAAGUAUGCACAGGAAGUAGGCAUCCUGUUUACCGCAUCUGCCAUGGAUAUGGUGUCGUUUGACUCCCUCGUCAACCUCAAAGUGCCAUUCAUCAAAAUUGCUUCUGGAGAUUCGAAUAACCUGCUCUUCUUGAAGUAUGCGGCGUCGAAGAAACUACCCCUGAUCAUAUCAACGGGUAUGGUAGACAAGCAAGCCGUGAAGACGAUCUACGACAUUAUAUCGUCUGUACAUAAACAGUUUUGCUUACUCCACUGCGUAUCUGCUUACCCUGUGCCGUAUGAAGACUGCAAUCUGACAGUACUCCAGGACUACAAGAAUACUUUUGACGUUCCCGUUGGUUACUCUGGUCAGGAGAUCGGAACUGCUGUCGCUUUAGGAGCUAUCGCAUUAGGCGCUAAGGUGUUGGAGAAGCACAUCACCCUGGACAAGUCGAUGAAGGGCACGGACCACGUGUGCUCGCUCACGCCCACCGAGUUCGCGCAGCUGGUGAAGGACGUCCGAGUCAUCGAAGCCUCGCUGGGAACUCCCAUUAAGAAAGUCGUCACUUCAGAAAUUCCAUGCAUCGACAAGUUGCAGAAGUCGCUAGUUAUGGGCAGCACGAAGAACAAGGGAGAAAUAUUGUACCCGGGAGAUGUGAAGAUAAAAGUCGCCGAGCCAAAGGGACUGAAUGCACUGCACUUUGAAGAGGUCAUCUAUAAGACUCUGUUGUAUGAUAAGAAGGAAGACGACCCGAUUUGUGAGGGAGACUUCUGCUAAGCACUAUUAAUCUAGUACCGCUAGAACUAAGAAGUUGUCAAUAUCACAAUAUUGAGAUUUUCAAUUUUCGUAUGAAUAUAAAAUGUAUAGGUAUAGCCUAAGUUUUACAAGUAGGUAGGUAUUCUUACGUGCGUCAUGCACGCUCUCUUAGGGAAGGUAUACUAUUUAUAACACCUUUCCUAUGUAUAAAAAUGUUAUGAUCAAAGAUGUGAGCAAUUUGAAGGAAAAUCUAACCUACCAUUAUUGUGAUAUAAAGUAAAGCAUUAUAAUGACAGCAUAAUAAUCGUAUUUAUAUACCUGCCUUAUCUAAGUCUCAAAUGUAAAUUGUAUUUUCCAAUAAAUGUUAAACAUACUCUUUUGUUACAA